AUUGGCCCAAUCGCCCGCGCGCCCGCCUCGGUGGGUCGCCCGUGUAAGUAUGGUUGGCACGCGCUCGGCGCGGCGGCAAAGAUUGUUGGGCCACAGCUGCCGUUGUCUCCCUAUCAAACAAGGAUUGAUUGCGCCUUUACCCUUGCGACUGUGUGUGCCUGA